GUUCAAACGAAACCGUCCGCCACUCCCACCUCACACGGCUCCUCUCAUUCCGAAAGACCAAUGCCCUAGCCUUCUCUCCAGUCUCCCUCCUCUCCUCUCUCCGACCAUCUCCUCCUUCUCCGGCGAUGACCCACGCACCUCCACCUCUCUCUCUCCAUCAUUAGACGCUUGGCCUGAUCUCGAAUUGAUUCUCGAGUCCUCGACUAUAAACUGCAGAACAAGUCAGAGGUCUCCCAUUUGGGACUAAUUUUGAACAGAAAUGAUUGAGCUCAAGGUAUUCACAGGCACAUCUUUAUCAACAACUAGAAAAGUUGCAAUAUGACUAGUAUGGCAACUAAGCGCAACGUUCGUUAUACUCGUCUUGCUGCUGAUGAAGAUGACUAUGUUGUUGGUGGAUACGAUUCUCGAUAUGACUAUGCACCGAAGUCCUUUGACAAAGUACCUUGGAAAUCCAUUGCCCUUGCACUUUUCUUGCUCUCUCUUGGAUGCAUGCUUCUCUUUCUCUCCUACUUCAUCUUCACAGGCCACAUGGGAGGAGAUCGGUCUCAAGGUUAUGGCCUUUUAGGACUUGGAAUUCUCACCUUCCUCCCAGGAUUUUACGAGACUCGAAUCGCAUAUUACUCAUGGAGGGGUGCUGCAGGGUAUCGCUUUGCUUCCAUUCCUGACUAUUGAUUACUUGAACUAAUAGAAGUAUAUUGUCGGUGGAGACAGCCACUUUUUGACAGAAUUUGUAUAAUCAGGGAGGCCAGUGUAUAUCUGUUUGCUUUAAUACUUUCAAACUCGUUCCUAGUGAAGUUUCUGUAUUUGGAAAAUACUGGAAUGCUUAUUUCACCUGUAUUUAGCUUUUUUGAUCUUGUAUGUCUUUCUGAUGCCAAUGUGAAGUACUGAAUUCAGCUAUAAACUGAUCCACAUCCCCGAUGAUUUGGGCUUGUUAUGGGAAAUGGUUUAACAUCAA